CACAACAUCGAGUUCGACCACGCCUCCUACAUCUGCUGGGGUCCUAACUAAUUACCCCGCACUUGUUGUUCCAGACAGAGCAGUGUUCAUCUGGAACACCAAGGACUUUGCCAGCAAGGAACACAAGAACAUGAGGCACAACAUCGAGUUCGACCACGCUUCUCACAUCUGCUGGAGCCCUGAUUCCAAGGCGUUUGUUAUCAACCGGGCAGCCGAGAAUGUCCUCGAGGUUUACAAAGUCACGAGAAGAACGGACGGGUGGAUCUCUGCAGUAUCCAAGGCCAUCACAUUUCCUAAGCAAUUCUCGGAGGAGAUGGUCGGUAUAGGAGUGGCGGUGAGUGGACGCUACAUCAUGUCCUGCUCCGCAGCAAACCAGCUGGUUGUAUGGGAUCUGAAGGGGGCUGUGCUGGCAACGGUUGACACCUGUCUUCUACAUACUUACCGAGCCAAAGUGUCUCCCUGCGGCCGCUUCAUUGUUGCCUCAGGGUUCGCUCCCGAUGUGAAGGUGUGGGAGGUGGUGUUUGCACGGACAGGGGAGUUCAAGCAAGUUUCCCGGGCAUUCGAGUUGGCUGGACACACCAGCGGCGUCUACGACUUCAGCUUCAGCUCGGACUCCACCCGGAUGGCCACUGUCAGCAAGGAUGGCUCCUGGAAAGUUUUCAACACCAACAUUGAGUUCGAGAAGGGCGAGGAUCCUCAUCUGUUGGUGACUGGAAAGUACACUGGCUCAGGCCCUGCCCACCUGGCACUGUCGCCCAACGGUGAAGUGGUGGCGAUAGCUUCUGGAGCCUCCUUGUCUCUCUACUCCGCUCUCUCUGGUGUUUGCGACAAGGUCAUCGACAACAUCUACCCUUCUGGCUCGAUAACACGCGUGCUGUUCGACUCGGCUGGUGACCAUGUGCUGACUGCGGGGGAGAAGCAUGUCCGAGUGUUCCACAACGUGACUGGACGCCGCACCGCAAUAGCCUCUGCGCGGCUGCGUCUCUCCAUGGCCAACAAUUCUGCGGCCACAAAGGAACGCCUGGAGGGAAUCAUUUCUACUGCAGAAACUUUCCUCAAGAGCCUGAAGGAGCCUUUGGUCACAAAAGCAAAGUGAAGCCACAAAGUAGCCUUUCAUAACAAUACAAAUGCCGAUUGUAUUAAUAAAUAAAUAACUUUUGUAACUUUUUAUACAGUUUGAAAAUCUGAAGAUGUAUUUUAAUAAUAAUAGUGUUAUCCUAUCAAACUGAGACAAAUAAUUUGUCCACCAGUUAAAAUUUGUUGUUUUGGUUUAUUUAACAGUUUGCUAUCACAAUUGUGUUCCUUUUUAAGAGUUAUAUCAACUCAUUUUCCUCAGUAAUUCCAAGUAUUUUAAUUGCAUUUAUGUAUGUUUGUGUUUUUAUUGCAUGCUCACUGUUUUUCAUUGAUAUGAUUUUAGCACUAAAAUCUCCCUUGCGUUCCAUAUUUUGGAUAUGAUUAAGUCUUAUUAAGUUAAAAAUAUGUAAAUCACUCAAUUGCAGUGUUAUUACAGUAGGACUGUUAUCAAACUCUUUUUGUAUAUAGGGAUUGUGCAAGUACGGUAAUUUUGAAUUUUGAUUUAACUACAAGUAAGAAAAGUCAUUGGCUACGAUAAAGGUGGUUUUGACUGAAUUAAUGUUGCUACUCUUUGGAUUUUUCACUAAAUCAGGUGUUUUACAGCAUUUAUAUUCUCUCUAUUAUACCAGAAACUAAGAACAGCAGCUACCAUCCCAGCCUUUCUGAAUGUUUAAUAUCAGCUGAUAGUUUCUAUUCAUUGUCUCCUCACUAAAUCAGGUGUUUGACAGCAUUCAUUCUCUCUAUUAUACCAGAAACUAGGAACAGUUGCAACCAUCCCAGCCUUUGUGAAUGUGUAAUAUCAGCUGAUAUUAAAUAUUUACUGAUAUUUUCACUAAAUCACUUGUUUGACAUCAUCUAUUCACUCAAUUAUACCAGAAACUAAGGACAGCUGCUACCAUCCCUACAUUUGUGAAUGUAUAAUAUCAGCUGAUAUUAAAUAUUUACUGAUAUUUUCACUAAAUCACUUGUUUGACAGCAUCUAUUCACUCAAUUAUACCAGAAACUAAGAACAGCUGCAACCAUCCCAGCCUUUGUGAAUGUGUAAUAUCCGUUGAUAGUUGCUAUUCAUUGAUUUCUUCUCUAAAUCAGGUGUUUGAAAAUAUUUUUUCACUCUAUUAUACCAGAAACUAAGAACAGUUGCUACCAUCUCAGCCUUUGUGAAUGUGUAAUAUCAUCUUAUAUUAAAUAUUUACUGAUAUUUUCACUAAAUCACUUGUUUGACAUCAUCUAUUCACUCAAUUAUACCAGAAACUAAGAACAGUUGCUACCAUCCCAGCCUUUGUGAAUGUGUAAUAUCAUCUUAUAUUAAAUAUUUACUGAUAUUUUCACUAAAUCAGGUGUUUGAAAGCAUUUUUUCACUCUUUUAUACCAGAAACUAAGAACAGCUGCUACCAUCCCUACCCUUGUGAAUGUGUAAUAUCAGCUGAUAUUAAAUAUUUACUGAUAUUUUCACUAAAUCACUUGUUUGACAUCAUCUAUUCACUCAAUUAUACCAGAAACUAAGAACAGCUGCUACCAUCCCUACCUUUGUGAAUGUGUAAUAUCAGCUGAUAUUAAAUAUUUACUGAUAUUUUCACUAAAUCAUUUGUUUUAUAACAUCUGUUCACUCUUUUAUACCAGAAAUUAAGAACAGCUGCUACCAUCCCUACCCUUGUGAAUGUGUAAUAUCAGCUGAUAUUAAAUAUUUACUGAUAUUUUCACUAAAUCACUUUGUUUUAUAACAUCUGUUCACUCUUUUAUACCAGAAACUAAGAACAGCUGCAACCAUUCCAGCCUUUGUGAAUGUGUAAUAUCCGUUGAUAGUUGCUAUUCAUUGAUUUCUUCUCUAAAUCAGGUGUUUGAAAGCAUUUUUUCACUCUUUUAUACCAGAAAUUAAGAACAGCUGCUACCAUCCCUACCCUUGUGAAUGUGUAAUAUCAGCUGAUAUUAAAUAUUUACUGAUAUUUUCACUAAAUCACUUGUUUGACAUCAUCUAUUCACUCAAUUAUACCAGAAACUAAGAACAGCUGCUACCAUCCCUACCUUUGUGAAUGUGUAAUAUCAGCUGAUAUUAAAUAUUUACUGAUAUUUUCACUAAAUCAUUUGUUUUAUAACAUCUAUUCACUCUAUUAUACCAAAACUAAGAACAGCUGCUACCAUUCCAGCCUUUGUGAAUGUUUAAUAUCAGCUGAUAGUUUCUAUUAGUUGAUUUCUUUACUAAAUCAGGUGUUUGACAGCAUUUAUUCAAGACCUUUGUAAAUGUAAUAUCAGCUCAUAGUGGCUCUUAAGGGACAACUUUCCUUAUACCUCCUGCCAGUGGUCCGCAACUCAUCAUUCCCUAUGCUGCUGUAGGAGCUCGAAUAUUGGUCUAGUUGGUAAUAAUCUCACUCAGCCCAGUGUGCCGAGUUCUUGGUAUCAGCAAGAGGAGCGGGCGAUCUUCACUCUUCUGAUCGGUUGUGAUGGAGGGAAAGGUCGGCUCGUUUUUUAUCUCUGGCAGACACUCUUGUUGUAGUGCAAACCCUCUCCUGAGUAGUCUUUCUGUUCUCAUAUCAUAAUAUUCUAAAUAAUGUAUUAGGCGUUCAACAGCUGACUUUACAUGAUUCUCCAAGGAUGAGUACUUUUCCUCUUCGGCAAAGUCAGAAUCUAAAUAGCCAGGCAUGACUUUUAUCUAUUCAGUUUUCUUCUUCUUCCUCCUUGACCUUCACCUUUUUCCAGUCUGAGGUCAUGUUCAGCUUUCAUCUCAUACUCAGAAUCAACCGUGUGAAUGCACAAUUUCAUAAUCCUCUUGUUUCUUGAAUUUCACAGCCUGGUAGGCUAGCAUCUCUCUACAACUGAGAUAUUCCUAUAAGGAGGUACAGAAAAAAUGGAAAUACGUGAUGAUAUAUUGCUACUUAAUUACAUUGAUCACAAAUAAUGGAGAACAUUGAUAUAUUACGGGUUAUUGGUUAUUAUAAGGAAAUAUGAAUAUGGUCAGGGAGGUUGCAAUAACAGUACCCAGCCUCCUCUGCAGCAGCCUAGGCUUGGUGUGGUGGUGCCAGUGGCAGUGACAGUGAAGCUUUAGGCCAGGCACAGAAUGUAAUGACUGGAAUUUUAUAUCUAGUAAUAUUUUAUUUCAUGUUCAAAUUUUAACAGCUGUAAAACAUUGUGCUUCAAUUUAAUGCUACCAAAUUAAUGAUGAGUUAAAUAAGUUUUAUUUUUAUUGUAAUGCAGUUAUUGUCAUAUUUGGUUAUGGUGUUACAUCUCAAAUUUGUACCAUAAAUUUCGUAAAUCAACAUUUGCUACAGAUUUAAAUGUUAUUUCGCAUACUUUGCCCAGCUUUUUAACAAUAAUAUAAUAUUUUUUUUAUAACAUUGCCAAAUAUUUGAGUUAUGUUUACAUGGCACUAAUAAAAAAAGCUUUAGAUGUAUGGUCGAGUUCAUUAUAGCUUUGAGCAGGACUUGUAUGUUAAAGGCUUGUAUAGUAAUAAAUUGUACUGUUGUCUUGUUUAUUUCCAUGUGAAUGAGGCAAAAUAGAGACAACAAUAUGUCAGCUAUAUCAAGUAUUUUAUUAUAUGAUUUUAUCAAAUAUUCCAAAAUGGUUCAAUAAUUUUUAGUGUUACAGUAACAAUCUGUCACUGCCUAUUUCCAUUAUGAAACAUGCCACAGAGCAUCUUAAGUUUCAGAGAGUGGACUAAACAAGAAACCUGCGCCAUGUCUCACUGUGGUUGAGGGUUUCUUUUUAAAUAUAAAAAUCCUAUUUUAUUUAGUGAUUAGAUUGACACCUUUGUUCCAGGAAUGAGACUACGUCAAGUGUGAGAGUUCAACUCUGAGCUGUUUCACUUGAAUUGUAUUUUAACCAAUGGAGUGAAAGUCGACUAGUUAGUACAGAAUACAACUUGAAAUAGGUUUAUUUUUAAUACAAUAAAGUGUGAAUUAAUAUUAAUCAAGUGUUUUUAUAUGAGUAAGACUGAAUAAAAGUUAUAUUGUUUAACA